UCUCAUAUGUGACUCAGCAAGAUUCAAGUGUUCUAAUUCUUCUAAAUGUCGGAGAUUUAACCAAACGGACAAGUUCACGGAGAUUCGUUACGUUUCAACAGAGGUUUCAAGUUUCAAUUUGUUUUGAAAUACACUCGAGCCAUAACCCGAAUUGCCGUUGCUAAUACAUUGCCAACAGGUUAUGUGCCGACUCAUAAUUUUUUAUAUAAAUGAAUAAAUAUUUUUUAAGUUAGCAUCGAAAGUGGCUAAAACUCGUAAAAAAACAAUAAUUCUUUAAUAAUGUUGAACGAUGAUGAUGAGUUGCCAGACGAUGAAGAAGAAAUUCUUGUUUAUGUGGAGUUUGACGGAUCCGUUGCGAGCAAUACAUUGAGUAAUGAAAAAUUACAGUUCGAUAUGAUCGGAUUGGAUAAGGAACAUCCUAUCAUGCAAGUCAACGGGAAGUUUUAUGAAGGAACGUAUCGCAAUGCAGUAGGAACAUACAUGUUCUUUGAAAGUGACAAACAUCCGCACGUGGAUGAUCCAGUUUUCGAUGUAACCCCAAGCUUGAAAUACUUGGCCAAAACUCGGAAAGUCCUCAGAAUGAACAGAAUCUUUGUGGAACCAAAAACAGAGUUACUUGGUGAUUCAAAAGAUCCCGAGUGCUUGCCAACCAUGGAAGCAGUAAAAAAGGCUGGAGUACCACCGCGUUAUCAAGAAGAAACUUUAGAAUCAUGGAGAAGAAUUCGUGAGGAUAGAAUGAAAGCAUUGAACGAUUAUCUAGAAAAACAGCGUGUCAGGGAAGAAAAAAAAUCACAAGGAAUCGAGCCAGAUUCUGCCUCUGACGAUGAUAACCCCUUUGCUGUUUACAAACCUCCAACCAAACACAAAAAAAACAAGCAUCUGGAGAAUCGAGAGAGUUCUAAGGCUGAAGAACAUCGUAAGACUCCAUCGAUAGAAAAAAUUCAUAAUGAACCUGCACAAAGCAAUGAAAAAACUGCCAAAGAUUGUUUCCAAGUUUCUGUUGGUGCAAGUCCUCCGGGAAUAUCCUGCAGUAUGAUGGACGAUCCCGGACCUUCGACUUCCAAAAACAGCAAACCAUGGACCAGUCCGUCAAGCGAUAAACACGGUGAGACUUUCUCCAACUCUGAUUCUGAGGAUGUUAAUCGCAUGAAUAUUCCAAAUAUCAAAAGCUUGCACAGAGCAACGGUGCAAGUUGGAACGCGGAUGAAAAUUCGAAAGUAUGGAAAAGUUGGUAAAAAGAAAUUGAAAAAAACGGACUCGUCUGGUGCAGUGAAAACCAAGGAGGUGCGCUCGAAAACCAAGGGGAAAAAGGAUUUUCAUAAAAACGAUACGGAUACCCGACCAAACGAGGUAUCGGAAAUGGAUGAAAAUGAAAAAAAAAAGGACGAAGAGCCAGUGAAGACGCUGGAAAGUAUGGCGUCUUUGUCCAUUAAUAAUUCGACUGAACAAUCUGAAAAAAACGUGGACUGUGAGGUGCUCGAAUGUCCUGAGAAAACGGAAUCUUUGAUCGAUCAGAAAAAAUUGGAGAAGCAACGUAAACGCGACGAGAAAAUGCUGCUCUUGGCAAAUAAAUUGAAACAAGCUGCCGAAGAACAAAGACUCAAAAAUCAGAGUUCCGAGGGGACUCCUUGAUUAGAAAAUUCGUCGAUGGAAAGUUAAACGCGAGUUUCUUCGUAGGACUUUAUUUCACCAGUCGAGAUCGCCUGGUAAUUCGUCAGGAUAUUCGCCGGUGAGGCACGCCGUGCAGUGGCCUAUGUAACUACUCUCCCGGUUGUCCAUUCCAUAUCUUACAGCCUCGACGAGACCCUCCAC